GUAAUUUCCGCAAAAAACAAACAUGUCCAAAAGAGUUCUGUUUAAAUUAAAGUAAACAAAAAUAGGCUCCAAAACUUAAAACAAACCAAAGUUGAGCGCCCAAAAUUUAGCGCCAUGUAUCUACAAAUAUUCAGGUGGAUUCUAUCCGUCGAUUCGCUAAAUCAAUCACUCACGUACAGCCCUGCCUUACUCUCGGAUCGCAAAUAUCAACCGUCGAUUAAUCAAUUGAAAUGAACGAUCAAGAUUACAUCCCCGCAAAACAACUUACCGAAGCCUCGAUGUAUAAAUAACGCCAAGCAACCCCAUUUUAAUAAUCCAAGGCGAAUUUGUCUACAAUUAUCUAUUCAGUAAUCAAACUCCACCGUCUUCUUCAUUCAAUUUCUGUGUAACAAUGUCUGGCCGCGGAAAGGGAGGCAAGGGUUUGGGUAAGGGAGGCGCCAAGCGUCAUAGGAAGGUUCUCCGUGACAACAUCCAGGGCAUCACGAAGCCAGCCAUUCGCCGUCUGGCUCGUAGAGGUGGCGUGAAGCGUAUCUCCGGUCUGAUCUAUGAGGAGACCAGAGGCGUUCUUAAGAUCUUCCUCGAGAAUGUGAUUAGAGAUGCGGUGACGUACACAGAGCAUGCCAGGAGGAAGACUGUAACGGCCAUGGAUGUCGUUUACGCGCUAAAGAGGCAGGGAAGAACAUUGUAUGGCUUUGGUGGAUAGAGAUGUUCUGAAUAUUUCUCAGUGCUUCUAUACUGGCAUUUCAUCUUUUGCUUAGCUUGUACUACUUUCGUUAUUCUCUUUCUGGGAACUUAGAACAUGUGUAAUGCCAGCAACUUCAGUAAUAUAAGCAAGAUGUUGAUUUUGUCAUUCCAAAUUGAUUACAGUGUGUGAAAAUUUGGAUGCGAAGUUCUUUUUCCGUGAUGCGAUUUUUACUGACAUUAG